CUCGACGAAGGAACGUUCUUCGUACCCCACACAUUCAAUACUACAGAAGAAGUUGGGGAUUUUCUCAUAGAAAAAUUACCACUGCUGUUAAAUAUUUUUGUCUUGUGGGUACAGGAUCGACUUACGUUGGAAAUCUCAGCGUAGCAACGCCAGAGCAAAGAAAGCUUUUCAAGAUCCUUCUGGAGUUGUACCCUGAUGUCCCUGCGAUUGGAAGCCCCUAUGAUCCGGUCGGGGUGAGUAAGGACGACCGGUUCUUUGGGCCGAAUAAUCAAUUCAAGAGAGCUGCGAGUUUACUUGGGGAUUUUAUCUUCCAUGGUGCUUAAUCGAUGGAUGCUGAUUUUUUUUUUGUCCAUUGUGGGAAACAUCAUCAGGAAACUCGGAGGGACCUCCUGGAGCCGAGAUAUCCCACGGAGCUUGGGGAGCCCAAAAGGUCCUUACCCCCUCUCAAAGAACCAGGAGGCAUGCUCUCUUGGGCCUCUUGAGCUCUGCGGCUCCUCUCCUUCUAACGGUGCAGCGCUGGCUCUCAGACUCCAGGAUUCUCAGUGUUCUUGACUCUCGCGAACUCAUGUAAUUAAAGGAAGAAAAAUCGAUUUUUAUAUAACUGGC